ACGGUUCGUUUCAAUCCAGUGUGAUCUAACCCGCUAAUCUAGUUCACGGACUCAAGAAAGGGCAAAUAAAGUCCACAGAAGUUGUUCACAGGUACCGCACACCAUUCCUAUCGCCAACAUCCUUUGCUAUCAAUCCAACGCCCUUUACAAAAACAAGGCUCAUCUGGUUGCACCAUUAGCUGUUAACGAAGCGUACAUCUCCCAAGCCUUAUAACCAUAUUCCAGAGCUUACGAGGCACCCCCUAUUAUAGAAUACACAGUUGAUACGGCAUGACAAUGCCCCACGCUCCGAUAACGCUGGAGGAGCUCCUCACCGAGGCAUGGUCGAACCUCAAGCUCCAGCCCACAAUCGCUGGCUCGCCCGGGGAUCUCCAGGAAGACGAUUCAAGGCUUUUGCUCGAGCAGGACCAGCUCUACCUCGGCCAGUUUUUGCUGCUCAUACAAGAGAUCGAACGCUUGCUCAACGCAUAUCUGUACCGAACCACCGCAGCGUUUCUAAGUGACGCAGCGAGGACUCAGGCACAGCAGCUUGUUAACAAAUAUCCAUCGCUCAUUAUCGACAAGAGCGACUUUUACACCUUUUUUGCCAAGAUCGCUGGAGUGCCUUUCCGCGAAUACAUCGAACUCAACGGGCAGGAGAGCAAUUCCCCGCUAACCACAUCGACGCCGCUCCAUAAUGGCUCGCCGAACACCCAAGCCAGACUCAGGCGACGAAUCCAGCAAGGGAGGCCCCCAUCGCCUGUGUUUGGACUCUCCAAGGAAAGCUUUGAUAUUGCGUCUCAGCACAACACUGCGCAGGACGUGGCUCCCGCUGUACCAGAAGUGGAACUAAGCCACUUACUGUUCGGCUCGCCAUCCUCAGACUACAGAAAAAGGAUUCCUCUGAGAAGCGGCAGCAACGCAGUACUGCUUGGUUUACCCACAUCGCCCAAAGCUGAUUCGGAUGAAUACCCGCACACAGGGGAGUAUCCCCAGAGCCAAGAGGAGGAACCGUUGCUUCUGGGCGCUGCCAGUAUACUGGAGCACGAAAACCUGCGGAUAUCGGCGCAGGUGAAACGAUUGGAAAGGGAGAAAUCCGAAAUUUCCGCCAAGUAUGAAAGGUUGCUAGAAAAUUACGAGUACCUCAACCAGGAGUUGCAGAGGCUGCAUCCGCAGAACAAGAGCUCUGUGGGUGAUACGAUCCCCCGGGGGACGGCCGAGUUGCAAGCGAAGUUGGAAACAGCUACGCUGGAACGGAAUCACUUAGAGCUGCAGCUAUCGCGGACGCAGGCGUCCCAGGCGGCAAAAGACUUUAGUAUCAAGGAGUUGACCAACCAAUUGACGAAUUUCCGCGAAAAGGUGGUGGAGUUGGAGACCACUGUGCGGGAAUACAAGGCCAGAGAGCCACGAAUUACGGAGGUAAAGGUGGAGCUGGUCCCAAAGCCAGUCUCAGACACCGCGAUCAGUGCCAAGUUCCAGCAGUUAUGUGAGUUGGUGGAGGAGCAGGACUCUUUGAUCAGCAAGCUUUGCGCCGAGAUCCGUGGAAACAGGAAAAGAGCUGAGAAGGAGCCAUUUCAGAUCUUUCAGAACCUUGAGACGUUGCACACGCUCGGGAGGUUUGUUGUUGUUUGGCUGAUUUACGCGGCUGGCAUGGUUCUCUUGUUCGGGGCGGUGUUUGGCAUGCUAUCACAGUGGGGAAUCGCAAGUAUCCUCACGAACUACCUUAUGCGGUUUGAAGCGAUUGAGCGGAUUUACUGGUACUUUGACGACUGGAAGUACUGGAUUAGAUGGUCUCGGAAAUAUAACAUAUUGGUACAGUUGUUGGAGAGGUCCACAGAGGCGUUUUAAAGAGUGGUUCAGUGUGAGAUGAGAAUUUGCAUUAAUUGAAGAUGCCAGGAUGGACUGAGCCACAAAUAGGGAAGACACGUUAAACUCCGGUCAAAAGCUAGCUUGAGCGCUGGUGGAAUUAGCUGAAGUGAAGGUAAACCCACUUUCGUAUUAGCUUUUGACAGAGUAGAGACUUUCGUCAUUCACCAAGAGCUCUUAGUUGAUAUUGAAUCCAUUUAACAGCAGGGAUAAAACACAAUAGUAUAUGAGAUAGUAUCUGUCUAAGAGAAGACAUGGUUUGGGAUAUCUAUCAAAGAGCCAGGAAUUCUUUUAUGGAAAUCGAACAAUACUAAAAAGCCCGUUGUCAAGGUUCUGUGGGCAUUUGUCCAUAUA